CGGGAGUAGCUCAGGCCAUCAAGUUCCAUUUUUUAAGAAGCUACCUAGGGUUUAAUUCCUAUGCCUCAAUUGCUUGUUUAAACUAUUAAUGAUGUUCUCUUCAAGUACUCACACCAACCCUUUUAGUUCUCUCCUCAUUCCAUCCUCAUCUUACCACCUUCUUCCCCCUCUUUCUGGCCAUGAAACCUGUGACGCUACUUUCCUUCACCAUCUCUAUGAUCCACUUCUCAUGGCUCCAGUUUGGCCAAGCAAUCUUCCUCAAAACAGUGCAACAAUUUUGACUGAAAAGAACAUUAUUAGCAAUCUAAAUGGAGAUCAAUGUUCUGGGUUUUCAAGCCUUGUGCCAGCCACGAAGGCAGUGAAGAAAGAUAGGCACAGCAAGAUUUUCACGGCUCAAGGUCUGAGAGAUCGGAGAGUGAGACUGUCCAUUGACAUAGCCCGCAAGUUCUUUGCUCUCCAGGACAUGUUAGGAUUUGACAAAGCAAGCAAAACCCUGGACUGGUUGCUCAAAAAGUCAAGAAAAUCCAUAAAAGAAUUGGCUCAGAUGAAGAGCAACUCUAACAGUGGAGUUGUCAAGAGCUUAUCUUCUUCCUCAAUAUCUGAAAGUGAGAAUCUAGAGGGGCCGAUUUCAAGAAGCUGCAAAGAACAAAAAGUGAAAAAGCUGCAGAAAGCUGCAAAAGAAUCAAGAGCAAAGGCAAGAGAGAGAGCAAGGGAGAGGACUAAAGAGAAAAUGUGCACCAGCAAGCUAACUAAGUCGUUGGCCCAAUGUGAAUCAAUUGAAAAAUCAGGCCAAAACAUGACAUCCUCCGUUAAGGUUAUAGCUCAUGGAGUGCUUAAAGAAGAUGAUACGGAUCAGGACUCAAUCUUGAUCAGUAGGAAGUUUAAGCUGCCACAUUCAAGUUUUGCUUACCAGCAAAAUCUCACAGUGUCAGGAGAUCUAAAUUGCAACAACAUCAAUUAUCUUCCGAAUGUGCCUCACAACUGGGACAUUUAUCACACUGCAAUGCCUCACUCGACUUUUUCUGCUAGUACAAUUAUGAAUCGAUCUUCAGGCGAAUUGGGAGAACUGGGACGACCGUAUUCUUUUGGCUAGCUGAUACACUCGUUGGAAUUUAAGGAGCAAGGUAUCAUUGUAGUAUUUAGAAUUUGCUGUUUAAUUUCUUUUGUUCUCCAAGUUAGAUAAGAUCAAAA